CUGGGUAUUCCCAGUCUCAAAAUAGAGUGUUGUCAUAUUUUAUAUGUUCAAACAGCGUUAUAAUAUUAUUCCACACAAAGGACGAGUGCUGCUCGACGAAGGGUUAAGCACACCUUGAUUACUGACAAGUUGGGAGUUCCGUUCUUUGGGUGAUCAAGAAAUCCCCGAUUCUGCCAGCAUGGACAGACGAAUUGUAUUCCUCGGCCGAACUGGUUCUGGUAAGAGCACAACGGGAAAUAACAUCCUCCAAAAACAAGUCUUUGCUUCAAGCUCUUGUGGGUUAUCGGUGACAAAGCAAUGUCAAAGAGGAACUGCCAGAAGGAAUGGAGUAAACAUCGAGUUAGUUGACAGUCCGGGGUUAUUUGAUACAGGAAUGAGUAAUGAACUUGUUACUAAAGAAAUCGUCAAAUGCAUUGCCAUGACAGCCCCUGGCCCCCAUGUUUUUGUGAUGGUUCUGCGCAUCGAUCGUUUCACCAAAGAAGAACAAAACACCGUAGAACAUUUUAAGGAUGUCUUUGGUGGGGAAAUGCUGAAACACCUCCUGGUCCUUUUCACUAGAAAGGAUGACCUCAUUGCUGAUGGUAAGUCGAUCGAAGAUUUCAUUCACGCAUCACCAGAACCGCUGAGAGAGCUUCUAAACUCUUGCAAUAAUCGUUAUAUUGCUUUCAACAACAGGGGUUCGGAGGUGGAAAAAGAUCGGGACGUUCAAAACUUCCUGAGUCUGGUGGACAGGACUGUUAGAGAAAAUGGCAACACAUAUUACACCAAUGAAAUGUACGAGGAAGCUGAACGGGCUAUGAAGAGGAGAGAGGAGCAACUUAAGAAGGAGCACCAGGAAGAUGUGGACAGGGAAAGAAGACAGAUAGAAGAUGAAUGUCGAGAGAGGCUACGAGAAACGAACAAGAACGCAGACGAUAUGGUGCAAACUCUACAAGCGAAAAUCGCAGAACUGGAACAGGCAAAGCAAAACGAAAGCGAACCACAGAGUGUUAUAAAGGAACUGCAAGGUGAAUUAAAGGAGAUCAAACAAUUGCUGGCUGAUGUGAAGAAGGAUGCCGAGGAACAGAAAGCUAAAGCAGAAAAAGACGCUGCUGAAAGAACACUCCAAUGUCAGUCAGUGACGCCCGAUUUCAGAGAACAGGCAAAGCAGGAAGUUAACAAAAACCAAGAGAGGGCCAUGGCUGUUUUGAAGUUCUUAGGAGACACUGUGUUCCAAACAGUUUGCAAAGCAAUAGGUGAUGCUGUUGCUAAGGGUUUGGGAGAAGUAAUAGGGGCUCGAUUUCAAAAGGCAACUGACAAAAUCAAGAUAAAAAAAGAAAACCCCAACACAGCUGGUGUCAAAACUGGCGAAAAGGCAAAUUCCAAAACGGAAAAGAAGGCGAGUGAUAAGGAGAAAAAGAAAUAGA